AUGCGAAGUGAUAUUUUAUUGCUAAAUGGAAUUUUGGCUCAAUCUGCUUGUAAUGAUCAUAAAUGCACUAUGGUUUAUAUUGAUGAUGGACAUGUCGAAGAGCCAGGAGAAUGUAUCGAAGAUUCUUCAAAAGCAUUAGGAUACAGAUGUAAAUGCGAAGAAAUUGAUCCAACUUUUCUUCUUACCCAAGACAUAUAUUGUUACGCUUUGAAUACAAAUGGGAGAAUAUUGGAUACGCCAGAGCCAAAGCCAGAGCCUCGAACAACGACAGUGACGACAAGAACAACAAUUGGAAGGAUAGAAACCACUGAAUAUUUAUCGACUACAGUCGCCCCAAGUUUACAGCCCCCAGAAGAAAUCACAGACGAUGUGACAUCUACCGACAGUCCAUCAAUCACGGACGCUCUUACAAUGCCUGUGGUCACCACAAAAGAAACCACAACAGAGGAGGAGAAAACGCUGAGGAUUUUGGGAAUGGAAGCAAUGAUCUUUUUUAUCUUCAUCGGCGGCUGUGCACUCUUCCUAAUAAUUAUUAUUGUGGUGAGCAUAAUUUAUUGCCGUUGCCCGUCGAAGAAAAAAGAAACUCCAGCAAGAAACGACACACAACGAAAUGCCCUUCUUCCCGAUAUCGACGAAGAAAUCAUUCCAGAGGACAGUCGAAAUGAUGAUCACUGGAGAAAUUCUCAAGAUUCUUUCGACAACACCGACGACGAAUGGGGUCAGGACGAUCCUGCAACGCCUACCGAAGCAAUAAAACUCUGCAAAUACGCACCGGAUCCGGCAAAACCCUCUUCUGUGCCAUCCCAAAACGGCGGAUCUCGGCCUAUUUCGACCUCGCUGCACAGCAUAUCGUCUAACCGUCCCAGCGUGAAGCCGCCAGCGCCUCCAGUACCCGAUCCCUCAGCAUUGCUCAACGCACCGCCAGAUUUCCCUCCUCCCCCACCACCACCAGCUCUAGAAGGCUCUGGAAAUUUGAUUGCAAAUCCGAAAUAUCCUUACCACGUGCCUAUUGCUAAUCAACAACAAAAUCACUGA